AUGGCUAUAUUAGAGGAGAUUCCAAUAUCACCUAUCGGUUUUCCAUCUCCGAGCUCCAAUACCACACGUCAACGUAAAAACAAGUCAAAAUCAAAAACGAAAACGAAAUCGAAAACGAAAACCAACCAAUCCAAAUUCGACGAGUCUGAAUUGGAUGAUGAGAUUCCAUUAAAACAACCAUCGACAAUAUCUACUUCUCCUUCUUCUUCUUCUUUGUCAAGUAAAACUAAACCGCUCAUUGACAUUGAUGAUUUCGAUAUACCACUUGACUCGAAUUUCAUCACUGUUAAACCGGGCGAUGUCCUCACCAGCUCGUCACAGGAUGCACUCGGACAAGUCAACGUAGUAGUAGAUGACGGAGCAGAAGAAGAAGAAGAAGAUGAUGAUGACGAAAUAUUCAAUACUUUGAUAUACGCAGUACCAUUCACGUUCCUUUUCCUUUUAUUGGAUAUACUAGUUCAUCUUCAAUAUAAUCACAGACCAUCUUGGGAAAUACUGGUCAAACAUUGUUUGACUGCUUUACCUACAAAUCGAUAUCCAACACACUGGGCGACCAACCCAUUCUUGAUGACUUCAUCUAUACUUUCAGGAUGUAGGAUGAUCCAUUUAGUCAAUAAAGAAAGUUGGAGUGUGGUCACUUCUCAAGCACCCCCAAUGGGUACAUUGUGGAUACUCACAAUCGUUCAACUACCCCUGUCGAGAGCUAUGAUCGCUUUGUUCUCUGUUGGAGCAUGGAUUUGGUGGUCAGGUUUGAAGAUGAUGCCAUAA